GCCGUUCCCGGCCUAAACGGAGGCGGCCGUAUAAAGGCAUUCUCCUCGCGCCCCACCCGGCGGUUAUCUUCACCACCAUAUCGACAUCGACGCCAGCGAGCCAAGGACAGAACAGCCGGCGCCCGGCCCUAAAACUGCCGUGCAGCGAGAGAGAAGCGAGGGAAAGAUGGACCGGUACCAGAGAGUGGAGAAGCAGAGGGAGGAGGCACCCAUCAAGGAAAACGAGAUCCGCAUUACCACGCAGGGGAGGAUGCGCAACUACAUCACCUACGCCACCGGCUUGCUUCAGGACAAAGGUUCUGAUGAGGUUGUAUUCAAGGCCAUGGGGAGGGCUAUCAAUAAGACUGUCAUGGUUGUGGAAUUGAUCAAGAGGAGGAUUGUUGGCCUCCAUCAGAAUACCACCACUGGAUCUACUGAUAUUACUGAUAUGUGGGAGCCAUUGGAGGAAGGCCUACUUCCGCUUGAGACAACAAGACAUGUCUCUAUGAUCACUAUAACUCUUUCAAAGAAGGAGCUGGACACAUCAUCUAUCGGAUAUCAAUCUCCUUUGCCUGCUGAUGAAGUGAAGCCUUUGGUUAAAUAUGAAAAUGAUGAAGAUGCACACUCACCUGGUGGCCGUGGAAGGGGUCGUGGUGGUCGAGGCCGUGGGCGGGGCAGGGGCAGAGGUGGACGUGGAAAUGGGUUCAAUGACUAUGCUGAUGCCGGUUGGGAAGAGGAUCACACCCCUGCAUAUAUGGGCAAUGGAUAUGCCCGUGGAAGAGGUCGUAGUUUCAGGGGCCGUGGCAGGAGAGGCGGCUACAAUAACCAGCCUGAAUACCAACAGGACGGAGGUUAUUACGAGGAGGCACCUGUCCAUGCUCCAGCCUUAGGUCGAGGUCGUGGUCGUGGGAGAGGUCCAUUCAGAGGCAGAGGACGUGGUGGCAACGCAAACGGCGUGAUGCACGCUGCUGCGGACAGUGCAUAAGCUGUUCGUUACCAGUCCAGGCUGGUUGUUUGUUGGAUGCCUGCUCCAAGUAUGAAGAUGUAUCAUCUGUUGUUAUCAGUUAACGUCAUUACUUGGCAUAAGAUUGACAUUCUGUGUCGGAGUGCAGCCAGGUUUUGAUACUUGACUAGAUCUGUAGGGUAGCGUCUUUACAGUGCUUUCUCCUUUCACAGUAGAUGUCUUAAACUAAUUGUAGUUUCGUAAAGGUUUAGAGCAGGGCAUUCUUUCUAUUUUUAAAUAUAAAAACGAAGUCUUGGUGUA